UGAAUUUAGCAUUAGGGUUAUACUGUAAUUCUGUUAAAGCAGUUGUUGGAGAUUUAGAUCGUGACGAUAACAGAGAGUUAUCUAAUGAAGCUGAAAUUAAUGAUUCUAAUGAAGUCCCAUUAGUUCAGAAAUUACCAUAUGGAAUUUCGUCAUGUUUUUGUAGAAAUCGGAUCAAAGUUGAAAAGAACAAACAAAGACGUUCAAAUAUUAUCAAAAAAAUUGGGAAGAAUUAUAGACCACUUAAUGUCAAAUAUUAUCAAGAAGAAAAUGGAAUUGAAAAAUCCAUUGCUAUAG